ACUUCUGUAAUGGUUUUGUGUAGUCUAUGAAGUAGAGUGGUUUGACGUUUUGACACUUGUACUUUUAACGCAAUAGAGAUUUAAAAUUGUGUAUUCUGGUAGUCUAAAAUGGCAUUGAAAAACGUUGUUGGGCAAAAGAUAAUGAACGAGGUGAUCAAGAACAAGCGCAAGCCGGGGCAGGGGAUGGAGUGGAGGGUGUUGGUGGUUGACCAGCUGGCCAUGCGGAUGGUGUCUGCUUGCUGCAAGAUGCAUGAUAUCUCUGCCGAGGGAAUCACAAUCGUGGAGGACAUUCACAAGAAGCGAGAGCCGCUGCCCACGAUGGAGGCAGUGUACCUGAUCACGCCCAGCGAGAAGAGUGUGCACUCCCUCAUGCAGGACUUCAGCAGCCCGAACAGAGCCAUGUACCGCGGCGCACACGUCUACUUCACUGAAGUCUGCGCAGAGGAACUUUUCAAUGAGCUGUGCAAAUCAUUUGCUGCGAAAAAGAUAAAGACGUUGAAAGAGAUCAACAUUGCUUUCCUGCCGUACGAAAGCCAGGUUUUCUCCCUGGAUUCUCCAGAAACAUUCCAGUGCUACUACAACCCCUCGUUUGCCAGCAGCCGCACUGCGAACAUGGAGCGCAUUGCGGAGCAGAUAGCUACGCUGUGCGCGACGCUAGGGGAGUACCCUUCCGUGCGUUAUCGCUGCGACUUUGACCGCAACGUGGAGCUGGCCCAGAUGAUCCAGCAGAAGCUGGACGCGUACAAGGCGGACGAGCCGACGAUGGGGGAGGGCCCCGAGAAGGCCCGCUCCCAGCUGCUGAUCCUGGACCGGGGCUUCGACUGCGUCUCCCCGCUGCUCCACGAGCUGACGCUGCAGGCCAUGGCCUACGACCUCCUGCCCAUCGAGAACGACGUGUACAAGUACGAAGCCACUUCAGGUGCCCCGGAGAAGGAAGUAUUGUUGGAUGAAAACGAUGAGUUGUGGGCAGGUCUUCGCCAUCAGCACAUUGCAGUUGUUUCUCAGAAUGUCACCAAGAACCUGAAAAAAUUCAUCGAGUCGAAACGCAUGCCAGCGACGGACAAGCAGUCCAUGCGAGACCUCUCGCAAAUGAUCAAGAAAAUGCCGCAGUACCAGAAGGAGCUGAGCAAGUACUCGACUCAGCUGCACCUGGCGGAGGACUGCAUGAAGGUGUACCAGGCCUACGUGGACAAGCUCUGCAAAGUGGAACAGGACCUUGCCAUGGGGACAGACGCUGAAGGGGAGCGCAUCAAGGACCACAUGCGCAACAUCGUGCCCAUCCUGCUGGACCAGACCAUCAGCAACUACAACAAGAUGCGCAUCAUCGCCCUGUACAUCAUCUCGAAGAACGGCAUCAGCGAGGAGAGCCUCACCAAGCUGGUCCAGCACGCGCAGAUCAAGACGGAGGAGAAGCAGGCCAUCAUCAACCUGGCCCACCUGGGGUUGAACGUCGUCGUCGACGGCAACCGCAAGAAGAUCUACCAGGUGCCUCGCAAGGAGCGGAUAACGGAGCAGACCUACCAGAUGUCGCGCUGGACUCCCAUCAUUAAGGACGUGAUGGAGGAAGCCAUCGAAGACAAGUUGGACUUGAAACACUUUCCCUUCCUCGCAGGCAGAGCUGCCACCUCGGGCUAUCACGCUCCCACGAGUGUGAGGUACGGCCACUGGCACAAGGACAAGGGCCAGCAGACGGUGAAGAACGUGCCGAGACUGCUGGUGUUCAUCGUGGGAGGGGUGUGCUUCUCGGAGAUACGCUGUGCCUACGAGGUCACCAACGCUGUCAAGAACUGGGAGGUGAUCAUCGGUUCAUCUCACAUUCUCACGCCAGAAGACUUCCUUAGCAAUCUGUCAAACCUGAGCAAUUUGUAAAAAACUAAAUAAGUAAAACUUGUUUUUCCACUCUACAACACAUUUUAUCUCCACUAAGGUAUGUAGUAAUAAUAACAAUAUAUUAUUUUUAUUUAGCUUCAUAAUCCUGUCAGUAGCAAGUUCUUUAGCUCAUAUUCAACAUACGAAGGUUCAACCUCUGUUUAAAUAAUUAUAAAAGCUGUUUUAGUUACUUUAACCAAAAUUUGUAUGCUGAUUUUUCAUUCACAAAUUUUUUUUUGUUUUGUUUCAAACCUCUGUGUGGUCAUAGUUUCACUGUUAAAUUUAACAAUGGCUCGUUCUCCUUUAGCAAGGAAUAAAGAUUUUUUUCAUUGUGUGUAAGUUUUUGUAGAUGUCAUCUUAGUUAUCUGUUACUGAUUGUCAAGAUAAUUAAGUUAAUUUUUUUUUUUUUCAGUAUUCAUGUGUUGAAUGCAACUGGCAAGAUGGUUCAAGAAUUAACAAAUAUCAGUGUUUUAUUAUUCUCUUAAUUUGGAUGGUAGCCAGCGUACAUAACACAUUUCACUUGACAGUUGAAAAUCGUAAAUGCUUUUGUGGCAAUAAUUAAAUAUAUAACAGUAUUAAAUAUCUUGAAAAUGGAAAUUUUACUUAAGUUAACAUUUUUUUUUUGUAAAUGUGGGAUGCGUAGAGGUACAUACAUUAUCUAGUCAUUUCAGCUAGACUUGGCUGCACCAAUAAAUAGUAUGCGUGUGAGAGGGUAAAUGUUUGUGUAUGUCGGUGUGUGAAUGUGUGCGCGUCAUUUUAUAAUGAUAUUUAGAUUAUAGAUGAAAAGCUAUGUUAGCAACACUCACUACGUAUGUCCAAUUUUGCCUUCAAAAUUUGAACAAAAACUUACUUUCAAUUUUAGUCUAAUUCUGUGCUGUUUUAUAGGACUGUAAACUGCAUUUUGUGGGUCUGCUGCUGUUAAGAAUGUAGUUGUGCUUGUAUUUAGUUUUUUAUGUAUGUUUAUCUUGUGGUUUUGUAUUUUUAAUGUAUUAUAUAUAAAUACAAGGUCAUGUACUUUUGGUGAUGAUAUUUGUUUUCAAAGGUUUAUUGAAUUGUUAUUGUACAGUACUGUAAAUUAAAAUUUAACUCUAGUGUAGUGUUGUCUAAAUAAAUAAAUUUUGCAGUGUU